AAGUUUUAUUUUUAAAUAAAGAUGGAUACAGUUUUGGUGUGUGGACUCAAAUAAAUAUCAACCGAACAAUAAACAUUACCUACUGUUUGGAAAAACAAAGGUUCGUCAAAAACGUUUUGAUUGCGAAAUUUAAAAUAAAAAUCUGCAGAUGUCGUGGGCGGAGAACGUAAUCCAGUGCUGUAAACUGGGAAUGAGUCCGAUAUACCCAGAGAGAUCAAGAAUAGAUCAGAUCAUCAGAGCAAAUAUAUUUUACAGUUCUUCUUUGACUCGUAUUGAAUCAUUUUAUGAUCUGGCUCCAUUUUUCUGGACGGCUGGGACGAGGCUCGGAUGUGCAGGUCACUUCCGAUUUUGCAUGCACGACUUGGGUCCGUGGGACGCGGACGAGGAAAUUUGGAAUAAAAUCAACACAGCGUACUCUGGCGCGUGUCUGUCAAUGGGGCAGUACGGCAUGACGACAUACUUUGUCAUUCAAAUAAUGCCAUGCACGACGUCCCUUGUCAAUUUUGCCUGUGAACGCGAAAACACCAACGUCAUCGAUGUCAUCGGGCGAUUACGAAAUUCCGAUAUCACUCAUGAUGAUGCUGGAAACUUUUGUAACAAUCCAAUAUGUGAACCAAUAACCUGCAUCAUAGACUUGAAGAGAAUGGAUUUUGUCGACAUACAUUGGAGACUGUUCAAACCACAACUACUAGGAUAUUGGCAAAGAUCAUGCAAUGUUUACUACUUAAUUUCUAAGCGAAAAGUUGUCAUUAUUAAUUUAAAUUACAAAUUAUUUCAUAAAAUUUCUUUGCCAGAAGGCCACGUGGAAAGGAGCCAUUGAUUAUUGCUGCUCGCUCGGAAUGAGACUGUUGACCGUUUACUCAUAUGAAAAACAACUUUGUUUGGCGAGGAUUUUUAAAAACAAAUAUAACUCACCCUUCAACGAGAGCUUCUGGACAUCAGGCACUGACCAGUAUUGCACAGGGAAAUUUAGGUGUUUGCAGUAUUUGACCCAGCAAAAG